AAAUUUUGAUUACUUGUCCAUGCCAACAGAUUCAUAUUCAACUGAUUUGUAUCAAAUAUUGUAGUCAUCAGCUAUUAAUCUAGUGUGAAAGGUUUUCAUUCUCCUCUAGCUAACGUUUUACCACUGGCCUGUAUUUACAUGGUUAGUGAAUUCAGUACCAGCUCGACCAUCGAAGCAUUCGCCGGUCUGUCUUUCAAUGACAGACACUUGUCACUUCAAAUUAGGAUUCUGCCAAUUUAGAACCAGUCGCUACAAUCAUCACUGCACAAAUAGUGCUCGAAUCAGAAAAAUCGCAUAUGGGUUUCCAGUGAACAGUGAUGUUGAUGAAUGGAAAUUGAAUUCAAUUGAUCGAGUGUGUACCAAGUUAUAGACAGCUAAUCUUCAGGUGCAAACCUCAAGUGAAUGAUUAAAUAGUCAAAGCAGUGUGAGGUGAUGGAAUGAACACCUUUUUGCAUUGGAAUAUUGAUUCUGAAUAUAUAACAGACUGACACUCAAGACUUGAGCCUUAAGAUUGGUCCAAAUAGGGAUACCAUUAGGCAAAGCAUGUCUGCUAAACAAAGUUUCAAGAUAUACCUGCCUACUACAAAUUGUAUAUGUAGAAAAAAUCAGAUAAACAUGGUACAGCUAAUGAUAACUCUGUAUGACGUCUGAAACAAAUAUAAUAUUUACCUGAAGAUAAGAUAUUCUUCGAAGUAGGUAAACUGACGCAAGCUCAAAGUAUUAAAAUUAACGUAUUUGUAUGAUGGAGAAUUAUUCCUGCGAGCAGAAAAUCUGAAUCUUUCUGUACGAUAAUUGGGUAUAAAAGUACCCAUAACGUAGCCCAAGAGACAUUGCAGCAAGUCAUAGCUACUGAAUUGAGUGACAAGUGAGUUAUAGCUCCAAAACUGAAAACUUUUGCGAGUAAAGUUUGAGGAAUUGACAAAUAUUGUUUGCGAUUCACUACAAGUUUAUAAAAACACUAUUAAGCAUUGGAAUUUAACGUCAAGUUGCUAUCAACUUCAUCAAUCAACAAAACCUAAUCAAAAUAUUCUCAGUAAAUCAAUCCCUGUGGUAUAUAGCAUUGAGAUAGCGUCGACAGACUUUUCAUAUUAUCGUUUCUCCUUCAGCCGUCAAAAUUCUUCUCAAAAAGUUACUAAGAUUUAAAAAAAUCAACUCCAAAAUGAUAAACAAUCAACAACGGGUGAUAGUUAAUGUCGGCGAGGCACACAGCCAUCAGCCUGUAACAGCAAAGCCUUCGGUAGUUUCAGUGUCUAGCAUAGAUUCCGAUGUAAGUGACAGAAGGGACGUGAGGGAGGCUCUGUAUUCUGGUAUUUUCAGAAGACACCGAAAAACUAUUUUGGUAAUGGGCAGCUUUCUGAGGAUGUUAAGGGCACAGUUGGACAAAAUGCAUGCUCUGGGCCAGUUCUAUAUCAUCAUCACUAUAUAACUCAUGAGUUCAAUCUAUUGCAAUUACUUUCUAAAUAAAUUGCCACUGCUUUGAAUAAUGAAUUUUUACUCGCUGCUAUUUUCAGUUUUGCAUUUGGUCUCAUUAAUAUUGUUUUCAUUUUUCUUAAUUUUCUUUUUACUCAAAAUUGAUGUAAUGCAAUACUGCAGAACUAAUAACAAAAACUUCAAACACACUUUCCCAACAUUUUCUCUAUGCAUCAACUGCGAUGGUAUUUUGUGAAAAAUGCCUUGAUUGAUAAAUACCUUUAAUAUAUUUGUAUACGUAUAAUUCAAGUUCGGAUCAAAUGCGUGAGCUACUACCAUGUGAAAGCGAGCUUCUUUGUCAAGUAUAAUAUUAAAGCGUUACGUACAGUUAGGUUCUCCUUGUCAAAGAUGAAGGAGGUUUGCGAUAUUUACCGAUGCGAGUAAAAAUGUCAGAUCACUGAAUUCGGCAGUUUAUACAAAUGAUCUACUUUUAGAACAAGCUGCUAAAAAUAAGAGUCUUUUUUUUCUAUAAUAUACGAGCUAGGAAUAAAAUUGUUAUGAUAAGUCUAAGUCUUAACUAUACUAUAAAAUUAUAUAGUUUGUAAUCUUCAGUUAGUUCAUAAGAUUUGUACUAUAUAGAUAAUAGAAAAUUAUUAACAGUAAGUGAAUAUCAAACGCAAUGCCUUAUCUGUCAAUACUCUUACAUGACGGUAUAAUUGAGGCAGGAUAAUUAUACGUCUGAAUUCGAUAUCCCAAGCUGUACAGUUCACUGUAAUUUCAUUGAAUAAAAUGCGUUUUCACGGUUCACUUUUUCUCCUAUUGCUAGGAUAUAGCUAUUGAAGAACUUAAAUAAAUGUAUGUGAUCCACGGGUGAACCACCUUUUUUUUUAUUAGGCAAUAGAAAAAAAUGAUAGCGGUAAUAAAGAAAUUUUACAACAGAAAAAUGAGUCACUCGGAAGGAUUUACUUUGCUGCAAAUUCAUACUGACAAAAAAAAACUAUCGCGAUUAAUUUGAUUGUUUGUACUUGACGCAAGUUGCUUCGUUUAUGGUAAAACUUAAAAACAAUUAUACAUAGAUUUGCCUUAGGACCAUUUGACCAAUUUGUAAUAAGGUACCAGAUUUUUUAUAUUAGACCAAAAAUUUAGAGAUAAAUAAUAGCUUCUCAAGAACGAUAAUUUCGAAAAAAAACGCCAAUGACAAAUUAUUUCAUAAAUCUGGAUGGAAAAGAAAAAAUCCGCUACAGGCAUCAACAAGGCAAGGUGACAAUGUCUGUAUAGCAAGUUUCAAAAUCUGAUAUUGGAAAAGUUCAACCCAAUUGUAAAUAAAUUUCUGACAGGUCAUCUACUCCAAUCUAUACCGGUCUGUCAGUAGAAACGAAUGUCAUGUUGAAAUUUGUAUCAUGUGUUAUUGCUACUUAUUAUAUGUAUGAACAUAUGCAUGUGUACUACAUCUAUAUUAUAGUUAUGUAAGAUAUACAUGACCUUAAUUCUGUAUGGUGAAAUAUACAAGUAUGUAGCACACAUACAUAACUAUACAAACAUUGUUAUAUGAAUGUCAACAGAAACCAUUAAUAUGAUCUUUAAUAUACAUUGUAAAAAUCCG